CGUAUAGGUCUAAAUCUUAUUAUUUCUACUCUGUUAUCUGUGCUUAUUAUCUUGAGAUUGAUGAAUGAAAAUUUGUUAUGUAAAAUUGUAGACUGAAAUUAAGAAUCCAAUUCUAAUUCUACGACAACUAUUUUACGAGUCUUUUAUAUUUUCAUUCUAAAGGGUUUCUCAUCAGAGAAUUCUUGGACAAUGUCAGGUUUUAUUAGUAGAAUCUUUCAACCUUCACUAACCAAGAAAAUAGGUUCAACCUUGAGUAUUUUUCGUACUUUGUCAUUCGAAACUGGAUCAGUUUCCUCUACUAUCAAAUUCAUACCACAACUAUCGAAAAUAGAAAAUAAUUGGAUAUAUCGUCGAAAUGAAGAUAUAAAAACACCUUUUAAUUAUGGACAAAAAAUUGAGAUUCCAAGAAAUUACAACCUUCCCAUAAUUGAAGAUCCUAUAAAAAAUGAUAUUAUAAUUGAAACACCACCAGAUAAUAAUAAUAAUAGAAUAGAAGCUGCAAGAUUAGUUGUCAUUAGGCGACAGAAGAUGAAAAAUCACAAACUGAAAAAGUUGAGGAAAAAACUUAAGUUUAUAAGAGCUAAGAUUCGUCAAAAAAGGGAACUAAAGAAGGAAAAGGAAUUCCAAGAGGUGCUGAUUCAACAAUGUAAACAAGCUGAAGAUUUUUCAGCAGAAGAAUAUGUACAAAGCAGAAUUGAGAAAUAUCAAGAAGCUUUGAAUUACUCACCAAAAAUCCCAAUUACUUCUUUAUAAUGAAUGUAUGAAAUGAUUGAUAAUAGUAAAUAAAUUGAAAUAUGAUA